AUGGUAGAGUCUUAUCUUCAAGAUUGUGAAAGUUUUGGCACCAUAUUUUUAUUAUUUGUCAAUAUAAUUGAUAGAUAUGAGUUAUAUAAGAAUCUUAAAGAUGUAUUAUGUGAUGAUAAAGGUUUUUGUCAUAUGUGGAUUCUCCAAUCAUCGGUAGUGUAUGAAAAGAGAACCCUUUCUACGGACAAGGCCGGUAUGGUUGAUUAUUGGGUAAAUGCGUUAUCCUCAAUUGAAGAUCUUCCAAAAGAUCUUAUAAUGGCGACUAAUCCUCGAAUUCUGAUUGAGUUGACACCAACAAUAUUCAAGCGAGCACUCGCUGAAAUUGACAAAGAUUCGGAAAAUUCUAGUGGUGUAACAUUUGAUACGUUAUCGACGAAUUUGGAAUUUUUUUUGAAACCUCAUUCAUCAUAUGCAUUAGUUGGAGCUAUUCAAUGCCAGAACACGAUAUCAUCAAAGGUCCUUAAAUUUUUGAUUUCAUCAAAAGACUUUCCUGUUUCGGUUGCGAAAUUAGUAGCAAAUAAAGUGAUGAAUAUUUUAGAUAAUUCAUCAGGUAGUUUACCAUCUGUAGAGGAUACCGCGACUGAUAUCAGACUAAAGCUUCCCGCUGCAAAUAAUGAACCAGUAUUGUCAUCCUCAAAGCAUCCGCCUGAGACACUUUUUUCGCGUUUUUGGAUAAUGUUUAAAUCUAUUGUCUAUGGUGGACGUCAACGAAAAUCCACACCGGACAAUAUGAACAUUGAGUAUGAUAUUGAAUCUCCUCAGAUGGACUUGUCCUUAAAUCUGCCGUGGUGGGGACCACACCAUUUAGAUAUUAGUUUAUUUCGAUCAUGUUUAGAAAUCCAUGGACCAAAAAUUUUU